CGGAGCGAGUAGCUCUAGUAUUUUAAACUCUUGGAAGGAAUACAACUAUUGAGAAACCCGUCCUGAAAUGCGUAAAGUUUUUAUCGCCUCCGAGUUCCGACCCUCGUCCCAGACUUUUACAUUUGAUUUUUAUACCUACUCUAGUACUUACUUUUUUAUCGAACGCAGCUCCCCGUGAUUUUUAAUGAAAAAAAGAAGAACAUAUGGAACAUCACACAGAAUCAUUGCACAGAACAUCAUCAUCAUCAUCAUAACCUCACAUACCCAUGUGUCAUGUUAACAGUGUCAAUCUUUUCAAAUUUUAAAUUAUUUUUAAAAUUUUUCAAUAAAUAAACAUUAUUUAAUUUUUUGAGCCCUAAUAUGGGACGAAAACUGAAAUUUAAAGACGUCGUCAAGAAGGGCUCUCAAGGUUCUAACAAGAAAUCUUCCAAAGGUAAUAAUAAAAACUCCAAAAAACACAAUCAAACUCGCAAAACCUACAGUCUUUACAAACCUAAUAAUAGUUUUAAAAGGAAAACCAAUAAUGACAAUGACGAUAUUCCAUCAAAAAAAAGGUUUAGUCCUGAAGAUGAACAAAUCCCUAUCAAGCGACAAGAAGCCCCUGCACCUUCUUCGGAAAGUGAAGAAGAAUUUGUGGAUACCGAUCCUUUGAAACAGUUAAGAGACACUUUUGGCGGUAAUUUAAAUGCUGAAUCUGUUGUUAGUGAAAGUAGUAGUGAGAGUGAAGAAGAAACUGAAGAUUCAAAGGAACCAGGCAGUAAUAUUGAUGGCAUGAAUGGAUACUCUCAAGAGGAACCAGCGUCAGAAGAAGAAAACACAGAUGAAGAUUCUGACCAAGAAUCAGAUUUAGAAACUCCACAAGAAGAGGAAGCUAUAGAUAAUUCAAAAGACCCAUUUGUAAAACACGUUUCCUAUGAACUACAUCCUACCUUACUAGAAAGCUUAGAGUCUGUGCCAGAAACUGUAGAAGUACAAACAAAAUCCUGGACCAGAUUGGGCAACCUCGUCUUCCAAAUACCAAAAUGUGACAUUAAAGAAACCAACAAAAAAACUAACUUGGAUAAUACAACUUAUGCAACUCCUAGUCAAGUUCCCAAAAAAAUCGACUCUAAAGCUACACCUAAGGAACUUUUUAUUAAAUCCCAAAUAGCACCAAACAUUCCCAGUGCCAACAAAAGCCUUAUAAAACAAGAUACAAUAUUAACUCCUUUGCAACAAGAAUUAUUUUCAAUAAUAAACAACUAUCAAGACCUUUAUUAUCCAGAAAGGACGUUUGAUAAUGCUGAAGAAAUUAGAUUUGUUUAUUGCUUGCAUGCUAUCAAUCAUGUACUUAAAACGAGAAUAAAAGUUUUACAUCACAAUGCCAAACUAUCCAAGAAGGAUGAUGUGCCAGAGGAGUUUCGGGAUCAAGGAUUAGUUAGACCAAAGGUUUUAAUUGUUGCUCCAUUCAAAAGUUCAGCCUAUAAAAUAAUUAAUACAAUAAUCAAUAUCAUGUUCAAAGAAGACAAAGGCAAUGUGAUAAAGAAACUUAGGUUUAUAGAAGAUUAUACUGGCAAUGAGUUAUAUUUGCCAAAGAAAAAUCCAAAGCCAGAGGAUUAUGAAAAAACUUUCACUGGAAAUACUGGAGAUGAUUUUAAAAUUGGACUAACCAUCACUAAGAAGAGCUUGAAACUUUAUUCCGAUUUUUAUUCUUCUGACAUCAUUGUAGCAUCUCCAUUAGGUUUACGAACCAUUAUUGGAGCAGAAGGAGAACCUGACAGAGAUUUCGAUUUUCUAACAUCAAUCGAAUUACUAGUCCUCGACCAAACUGAAAUAUUUUUUAUGCAAAACUGGGACCACGUUCUUCAUUUCUUCAAGCACAUGCACCUGAAACCUAAAGAUUUACAUGGAACUGAUGUAUCGAGAGUCAGACAAUGGUGCCUGAAUUUAUGGGCGAAAUAUUAUAGGCAAACUCUUAUAUUUUCUGCGAUAACUUUGCCAGAAAUUAAUUCAAUUUUUAAUAAGAAGUGUGCUAAUUUUGCUGGAAAGGUUAAAGUAGCAAAUGUGGUGGAAUUGGGUUGUAUGAGUCAAGUAUUUGUACAGCUACCGCAUGUGUUUCAUAAAUUUAGUGCAAAUAAUCCUGGGGAAGCUGUAGAGAAAAGGUUUAAUUUUUUCGUACAAAAAAUUUUGCCUCAACAUAAAGAUAGUUCAAUGAAGCAGACUUUAAUCUAUAUUCCUAGCUAUUUUGAUUAUGUAAAAAUUAGGAAUUAUUUCAAAAGGGAGGAUAUUAAUUUUGUGCAAAUAUGUGAAUAUUCAAAGGAUGCUAAAGUUGCAAGAGCCAGAGACAUGUUCUAUCACGGAGAUGCUCAAUUUCUAAUAUACACAGAAAGACACCAUUUCUUUCACAGAAUACGAGUCAAAGGUAUUCGGCAUUUAAUAUUCUAUCAGCCACCGAAUCUACCAAAUUUUUAUUAUGAAGUUUCAAAUUUGAUGCAGGAAGCAAAUAUGAACAAAAAAGUUGGCAGCAUGACUAACAUGACAGUGACUGUGAUUUAUUCAAAAUAUGAUAUUUUGCAAUUGGCUGCCAUCGUCGGUACAGAACGGGCUGCUAAAAUGGUACAGUCUGAGAGAGAUGUUCAUAUGAUGGUUACAGGAGCUGAUUAAAAUCAUACUAAAUAUAUUGCCAAGCUGUUUUAGGUAUAAGUAACAAAAAAAAAAAAUAGAUUUAUACAAGAAAUAAUUUUAUAAUAUCUUUAUCUUAAAUAGGACCCAAGGAAGCUAUAACUAAUUUAAGUCUAAUCUCUAACAAUACAUAUUAAUUUAAUCAAUAUCGUUAUAGGGAUAUUCACUUAAAAGUUUUUUAAAAAAGUUACUGUUCUUCCGAAGAUCUUCUAAAUUGCUGAAAUCUUCAUUAUCAUCAAACCAUGUUGUGGUCUCUAGUGUUGUUGACGUCAGUGGUAGGCUGGUCGUUGAUGUUGUAGACAUUGGUAGGUUCUGAGUGUCCAUUAUACGGAUUUGACGUUGCAUUUCUAAAAUUGAUAAGGUUUGUUUGGUAAAUAGCUAAUAUUUCUAUUUAAAGAUUACCCAAAGGGCCCAAGACAAACAAGAUAAUUUCAUUACCUUGCCCCUUUGAGACUCAUUAGUGUCAGCGUGCUUAAAACCUUUUAAAUUUAUUACGUUAUUAUACCUUUGCAGACUGUUAGAAAUAUAUUGAGCAGGUCACGUAAUCAGGGAAUAAAAUAUUGCACGGAAUGUUACAUGCAAAUAAGUAAAAAUGGAUUUUGAAAUGGUCAUAUAUAGAGAUUCUGAAUUUAAUCAAGAAAAAUAUGGAAUAUGGAUGGGUUUAAUACUAGCUGCUUUAGACUUUGAUUUAAAAAUUAUUAUUGUUCUACCUGCAAGUAUGUUCUCACACUUAAUCCCAACAAAUUGCUGUUGUUGCUGUCUGCUAAUUAAUUUAGCAGCAACUCGCUGUUCUCCGUUCCAUAGGAAUAGAUAAUAAAGCGAAAGCAUUAUAGCGGCUAGAGAGACGAAAAACACGUACGCGACCACAGUCAAUACACGCACAAUUUUCUUUUUAUGCUUCGGCUCGUACAACCGAUCCUUGGCCUCUUCGCCGGCCAAUUUUACCGAGGGUGCUUCCGAAAACGAUGCAGUUUUCCAUUGCUGCGAGUCGCAUUUAGUCAAUUUUAUACCGUUGGAUUUACAAGACAUUUUUGUUUUUUGGUGAUGUACUUUACUGCAUCAAUUGCACUAUUGCCACUGACUGCAACUUCAAGUUUUCGGCCUGAUUUUUAAAAUCGAUCAUUUUUGCCUCUAACUAAAUGUGUGUUAAUUUAAUGGCAACACGGAAACGAAAUUGGGGCGAGAAUGUUGUGAUUUUAUUCAAAGACUUUGAGGUUCACUGGCCGUAAGAUCGCGAUGAUGCCGGGAAAAUCGAUGUUUUCGAUGAAAGCGGGUCAAACGGCGUUUUGGUAACGAAUUGCGCGUGCUUACCCUCAGUGGAAUUUUGAAGUUUUAUAAAGGGUGUUUGUGAAUAAGGAACUGAUGCACUGAUGUGAUAAUAAUGUAUGACUGGGUUUGCGUUAUUGAUUAUGAACUGUUAUAAUUACCCAGUAAACACAACUACAUAAAGAUGACGUAGAAAUUUACGUAACUACUUUUUCUAAUUAUAUAAUUUCUAAGUGAUCUGUGAUGUUGAGCCUCAAAGUUGAAACUUUGUCUCAAACUUUGGAAAAAAAAAGGUACUUUAUUUAAACCCUUAGAACAUGAAAAAAAAUUCUACAUAGGUUCUUCCUAUACUAUACAGUCUAUACUUACACACUAUAGGUACAGUGCUACUAUGCUAAAAUAUAUAAAGAGUCACAGAGUGACACAGAAAGAACAGGAGAAUAAAAGAUCACAAGAAGCAAUCACAAAAAAAAAACAGCAAAAUUAUUAUUAGAGAAAGUGAUUAUUGAUUUUUGCUCUAAAGUGCCGUACAAUAAGAUCUUUCAAACUGGCUGGUAUAUCAUUAUAAAUUAUUGUGAUACCUUUACAAUAAAUUGAGUUCUUGCCCAUAUUACUGCGUAUCUUUAUUUUUUCCAAGUGAUUGUUCUUGUGUCGUAACUAUGAAUAUUAUUUCUGGUAAUAAAUGUUAUUGAUGAGUGUUUGACCUUAUUUAUCACUGCAUGAAUAAAAUUACACACCUGAAUUUUAUAAAUGAUUUCCAAAUUUUGUAUGUUGAAUUUUUUAUACAAAGGUUAGUUGAGAAUCUCCUAGGCAAGCAAUACCAGGUUUUUCAUCGCCAUGUUCUGUAAAAUCAUAAGUGGCCUGAUGAACUUCCUCCUUGUGGGAAACCAUAUAGUAUAGCAUCCAGGUAUUGGAGGUGGCAGUGAAUAAGUGAGAAAUGCAUUGGUCUUAAAAACCUUUUUGGUACAAUUCAACUUAGUCUUCUUAAUACUCC